AUGUCAAUGAUUAUUAGGACACCUACUAGAACAAAAACUAAAUCUUUCAAAGGGGAACAAAUGGGUUUUAAAUUCCCCUCAAAUGAAAACUUACCUAAAAUUGUUACUAGCCCCAAAAAUGAAUACGAUUUAAAUAAUCAUCAUCUUUUAAACGAUAAUUUGGCAUUGCAUGACAAUAAUAGCAAUGAAGAUGAUAACUUGUCUCAAAUUAAAUCAGAUUAUACUUUCUCUACAAACACUAAUUCAAAUACAAAUACAAAUACUUAUUCUUCAUCUUCUAAUGGCUACUAUUCUUUCGCUAAUAUUUCUGAUAACACUACUACUUCACCAAAAUUAUUCCCCGUAUCAAAUACGAGCAACAGUCAUUCAAAACAUCUGGCUGCUGAGAAGUUACCACCUUCUUCCAUAUCAUAUUUCUCUUCUUCAUCGCCUUCAUUUAAGAAAUACGUAUCAACAAAUCCAAGCGUGUCCACUAAUUGUACAACAGAUGUCACCAAGAGAAGUACACUUUAUUCAAUACCUACAGCUGAUAAUAUUUCAUACGCAAUAGUCUCUGCUACAUCAUCUGAAUCAUCUUCAAUCGAUAAACUAUCAACAAAUAAUAUCAAUAGAAACCACUCAUCAGCAUCCUCCAACACCUCCACCUUCUCCUCCACAUCAUAUCAUUCUUUAUCUAAAGAACAAACCAACCUUCGACGUGUUCCAACCAUUAAACAAGUUCCAUCAAUUUCUUCAAAUGGUACUCUUUCUUCUCCAACUAAAAAAAGUAGUAAGAAAAAAAUAUCACAAAUACAAAGUCCAAAAAAGGUGAAACAAAAGUUAUCAUCUCCUACUACAGCAAUAUCUCCUUCUCAAAAGAAAACUCUUCCAAAAAGCCACCAUACCACUACUAAAACCAGAAACCCAACUUCAAAAUCUUCAAAAUCUUCUUUGAAAAGAUCAAAUGCAAUUAGAUGUAAAGGUGGUCUAUUGUAUUAUUUCACCAUGAUAGGUAUUAAAUUAAAGAAAACUUUGAAAAAGUUAAGAUUCAUGAUCAGAAGUAAACUAUUCAAUAAGAAUAAGAAUAAGAAUAAAAAUAAAAAAUAUGUCUCUUCUACUUCCAAUAUGAAAUCUAAUAUAAAAUCACCAUUGAUUAAUACUAAAAAGACUACAAACAAAAACAUUCAAUUGAAAACACAUUCAAGAGUAUCUACAAAUAAAAACUUUUCUCCUGAAACUUCUCAUUUGAAAAGAACAAACGGAUAUGUAACAAACUUACAAAAACGUUCUUCUUCUAUUACUCCAUCCCCAUCAAUUAAAAACAUUAACAAAAUUAUCUCUUCUCCAACUUCACCAAUCAUUCAAAACCCCAUCACCAACCGUAACAACAAUAACACAACCUCAUUACGUCGUACAGCAUCUUCAAUAAGGAGAGCUGCAUCAACAUUACAUUCAUCAACAGCAACUCCCUCUCAUUCAAUAAUAACAUCACCAAGAUUAAAUCAACAACAACAAAUUACAAGAAAUAAUACAACUCAAUCUAGAUUCAUUCGUAACCGUACAAACAUAGCAACAACUACACCACAGUUAUCAUCAUCAGCCUCACUGAAUUCAAACGUAAUUAGACAACCAUCCAUAGUCGUCAAGAAUAAAGUAAUCCCAUUAUCAAGUCAUCAUCAACAUAACACAAUCCAUGAAGAACCCGACAACGAACAAGACGAAGAUGAAUACGAUGAUGAAUAUAUAAUAGAUAUCAAUUCAAUGAACGUACUAAGUGAAAUUGAAGAAGAUAAUAACUCAGACUCAGGCAUGGAGGAUUCCAAGGAACAAUUACAAGAUGUUAUCGGACAAUAUUUGAGAUACGUUAUUACAAAGAGAAUCAUGUUAAGGUAUCAAAUUUCGAAAUUUGAACAAGAACAAACAUAUUCAUCAUCUUCUAAUACAGUUAUGUCUCCUUUAUUAUACGGUAUUCAAGAAGAAAGUGAAGAAGAAGAAGAAGAAGAAGAAGAAGAGGAAGAUGAUUUUGUGUCUAUUAUGUCAAGUUCAAAUGGUUCUCAAUUAAUGGAAAACGAGACUGAUGAAAGUGAUACUGAAGAAUUGGAUGAGAAGUUAAAUUAUCAUCAUCAAGUUAGUACCACAAAUUUUAAUACUUUACCACCAUUAACAACGAUGAAUAAUGUCUUUCAUAACGUUAGUAUGAGUUCAAGUCUUCUUUCCGUUCCAGUUACUACCGUGAAAAGAUCAUUGACUUUACCAGUCGGGAUGAAGAUUUAA